GUAUUGCAGCUGAAACUUCUGAGCUCCUCCUUGAAAACUGCAAUCAAGUUUCUAAGUACAUGUUGUGGAAAUGGGGAUCUAAACAGCAGCUUUUCAACAUAGGCGCAAGCUCUUGCCUUGGACUCAAUUUCAGUAACCCGGAGCCAUCCCUAGUAAUGACACAAUGUGACUCCCCUCAGCAUUUGCUGCAGUGGCAAUGUCAUGGAAAGGCAAUUAUUGGGGCAUCACAGUACAAACUUGCAGUCGAAAAGAGCAAAUUUAUUGUAGUUAAAAAAAUUUCGAACUAUGGAUGGAAACAGUUCGGGUCGCACGAUGACCUUUGUGAACAUGCAUUUGGAGAAAUAUAUACCCUGUUGGGAAAUUCCCUUGGUUUGCCUUGUGUUUUUCCAUUUAAAUACAACAAUAAAUGGCACUAUGAAUGUAUCAGAGAUUUCAGAGAAGAUGGAUAUCGUUGGUGUGCCACAACAAGCCACUAUGAACAAGAUGAAAAAUGGGGAUUGUGCCCAAAUUCUGGGUCUGGCUGUGAUAUUUUUUGGAAGAUAAAUGCAGAUACUCAGAUUUGUUACCAGAUCAAUCUUCGUUCUGUUCUCUCCUGGAAUGAGGCACGUGUUGCAUGUCAGGGACAAGGAGCAGAUCUGUUAAGUAUCACAGAUAUGAGGGAACAGAAGUAUAUUGGUGGUCAAAUUGAGCAAAUGAACACAAAAGAAGCGAUGGUAUGGACAGGCUUAAAUCAACUGGAUGAAACUGCUGGCUGGCAGUGGUCAGAUGGUGCACCUCUGGCUUUGGUGAACUGGCAAAUGGAUCCCAUUGACAGUUCUUUAGGACCACCUCGUUGUAAAGCCUUUAACUUAAAAAUACAAAAUGAUUGGCCAAGUUACCCAUGUGAAUCUGGACUACCAUAUGUAUGCAAAAAAUACUUAAAUGCUACUGCCCAUGAAGCAAUUGAUUCCUGGAAAUUUUAUCCUACUGACUGUGACAGUAAUUGGUAUCCAUAUAAUAAUUACUGCUAUAAACUUCAUAAAGAAGAAAGGAGCUGGAAGGAAGCAUUUUUCUCCUGCCAGGAUGAUAAUAGCACACUCAUUAGCAUAACCUCUUUGGCUGAUACAGAGAUGCUUAUUAACCUCCUUGAAUACGAAAACGUAACAGACACUUGGAUUGGACUAAGCUGUAAUAAGACUCCUGUUGAGUUUGAAUGGUCUGAUGGAUCUGCCGUAAUUUUCACCUACUGGAAUAAACAAGAACCAAAUAUUCUUCAGAAGAAAGGACAAAUUUGCGUUUCAGCUCAGCAACAUGAAGGACGCUGGAAAGUGAAAAAUUGUAAAAGCAGAUAUUUUUAUAUUUGUAAAAGAAGAGGGAAUAUAGGCAAUCACGUUUCUGAAGUGGAAUCAGGCUGUCCAGAGGGAUGGGAAAGACAUGGUGGAUAUUGUUACAAGAUUGAUACAAUCCCUCGAAGCUUUGAACAUGCAUCCAGUGGCUAUUACUGUCCUUCACUUACAACAAUAACAAGCAGGUUUGAACAAGGUUUCCUGAACAGUAUGAUUCAUCAUCAAGGGAACACUGACCGUCCUUAUUUUUGGAUAGCAUUUCAAGAUCUAAACAACACAGGGGAAUAUACUUGGCUCACUGAAGAUGGAAAACAUCAUUUUGAGAUCUAUACAAACUGGAGAAAGUAUCAUCCCAGAUAUCCUGGAGGAUGCGUUGUUAUGCGACAGGAAGAACCCAUCGGCAUGUGGGAGGUGAAAAAUUGUACAACCUUCAUGGCUAAAUCACUGUGUAAACAAGAUGCUAAUUUCCGUGAAAAAAGUGAUACCAACAAGCAACCAAAUUAUGAUGAAAGUUUUAAUUCUUGCAUGCAUGGAUGGGAAUCAGGCCAUUAUCUGCUGAACUGCUACAAGGUAUUCCAUACUGAAAAAGUAUUAAUGAAAAGAACUUGGGAGGAGGCAGAAACUCUAUGUCAAGAUUUUGGAGCACAUCUUGCCAGUUUUAAACAAGUCCUGGAAGAGGAUUUUUUAAACAAACUUUUAAACACAAUGUUUCAUACAGAUGAUGGAAGACAAUUCUGGAUUGGAUUUAAUAAAAGGAAUCCAUUAUCCGGAGGAGCCUGGGAAUGGUCUGAUGGAACUCCUGUUUCACCUGCCUUUUUAGAGAAAACUUCUAUUGAAGAUAAUGUGAAAAACUGUGCAGCAUAUAAAGCUAAUGGGACUAUUUUGCCACUGCGCUGCAAUUCGGAACGUGAAUGGAUAUGUAAAAUACCAAAAGGUGUGAAACCCAAGACUCCACAAUGGUAUAUUAAUGAGUUACCAUGGUUUUAUUAUCAAGGAGCAGAAUACCUUUUCUAUGACAGCCCUUCACACUGGGACAGUUUUCAGUUUGUGUGUGGUUGGCUCCAUGGGGAUAUAGCAACCAUACAGUCCUCUCAAGAACAAGAAUUUAUCCAAAACAGAAUAAAAAAGAUUUCAAAAAAAAGUAGCAAUUGGUGGAUUGCAUUGCGUUCAGAAAUACCCAGUGAAGAAUUUCAAUGGACAGAUGGAUCACCGUUAUUGUAUCAGAACUGGGCAGGAGAUAAAGACAGACCAAAGCGAACUCAAGGACAAAAAUGUGCUUUUAUUUCUUCUCAGACAGGACAAUGGGGCUUUGCAAAUUGUACCACUUCUCUACCUUGUGUCUGCAAGCGUAAAAAUGUACAAAUUACUGAGAGAGAAAUUUUGAAAGAAGAAUAUCAAGGAACAUGUCCUAAAGGAUGGCUGUACUUUGGAUUCAAGUGUUUCCUGGUGCAGAUUCCAAAGGAUCCAGCUCACUUAAAAAGUUGGUAUUCUGCUCAAAAAACCUGCAGCUACUAUGAUGCAUCACUUGUAUCAGUUGAAAAUGAAGUUGAACAAGCUUUCAUUGCAAUGAACCUAUUUGGACAUAAAUCUAAUGUCUGGAUUGGCCUGCAGAACCAUAAUUAUGAAAAAUGGCUCAAUGGACAAGAAGCGGAAUUUGCCAACUGGUCUCCAGCACAAGGCUACUUCAAAAGAUGCCCCGUCUGUGCAUGCACAGCACAUCAAUCAGAUGAAAUUACUGGGCUUGCAGAGAAAGAUGGGAGCACCUUUCAAAGCAGCUGUAUGAGUCUCAGAGAUGAUGUAGCUCCUUGA